AACUCUUAAACCGGAAGGAAGCCCAUUUGAAAACACACAUCUCAAAAGAAAAUGGCUGAAUUCGUGGAGCUGCAAAAGCUGAAGUUGGCUGAACUGAAGCAGGAGUGUGUGGCUCGAGGACUGGAUGCUAAAGGAAAUAAAGGAGAUCUAAUAGCGCGGCUGCAGGCUUACCUGGAUGAGCAAGAAGAAGUAAAUGAAGAGGAAGUUCUCGGAGAGUUUGGAGAGGAGUCCUUUGCUAAAGAAGAGGAAGCGGUAGCAGAAGCCGCAGUAGAUGAAAAGGAAGAGUUUACUGAACCUGAAAAGGAAACCGAGAAGAAAAUGGUGAAGAUAAGCCCUCCGGCUCCAGUAAAUGAGGUGCUUCAGAAGAGAGCCGAUCGCUUCAAUCUUGAGCCCACUGCAGACAGCAAGAGGGCUGCCCGUGCCGCAAGGUUUGGUUUGCCAGUCCCUGAAUCUUCCAAAGGAACUUCAGCCAUUCCAAAAAUGAAUGUGGAUGUUGAGGCCUUAAAGAAGAGAGCAGAACGUUUUGGCAUGAAUGUCUCGUCUGUUUCUAAAAAGUUUGAGGAUGAUGAAAAGCUGAAGAAAAGGAAGGAACGGUUUGGCAUUAUGACUGCAGCUGCUGGAGCAGAUGUAGAGGCUAAGAAGAGAAAACGUGCAGAGCGGUUUGGAAAUGUGUGAAAAUGGACUUGAUCCUUUUUAUACUUUUUUAUUUAGAUUUUUUUUUUUUAAUGAAAGUAUUUUUGAGGUUCUUGCAAUAUGCUGUAAUUCUGAAGUUUUCCAUGUUUCAUUAAAUAUACUCUGUUUCUUUA